CGUUCAGUGAGUGUUUUCACCGCGUCAUGUGGUUUGUCAGCAACCCAAACCGAUAGUGGGGUCAGGGGUUGAAAGCUUCACACAAAUCUCUACUGGAGGUCUGCGGAAUACCCAGCCGCUGCAGAGACUCUUACCGCGGGCGCUGUUGGAAAGGCUCGGGUCCAGAGGGGAUCGAUGGCGGAUGCGGAACGGUCACCGCUACUGUCCGAGCAGCACGACGGGACCAAUGGUUUCUCUCCCGGGGGAAGCUCGCACGGAUAUCUGCCGAAACCUCAGAGUUUAGCGCCGUUCCCCAGUGCAGUGGUACCGGGUGAACCUCCGCCCCCAUACUCCCCACAGGGCAGCCCGGACAGCGGCAGUGCUCCGGUCAUCAGCUGCCGGGUUUGUCAGAGUUCCAUAUCCGUUGAGGGCAAGACGCAUCAGCAUGUGGUGAAGUGCGGCAUCUGCAAUGAAGCUACGCCCAUUAAAAACGCUCCUGUUGGAAAGAAGUACGUCCGCUGUCCCUGCAACUGUCUGCUGAUUUGCAAAGUGACAUCUCAGAAGAUCGCUUGUCCAAGACCAUACUGUAAACGCAUCAUCAACCUGGGUCCAGUUCACAUUGGUGGGGACAGUCCUGAACUGCGCCAUCAGCCCGUUGGCAUCAGAGUCAUCUGUGGACACUGCUCCAAUACAUUCCUGUGGACGGAGUUUUCGGACCGCACUUUGGCUCGGUGUCCACACUGCCGAAAAGUCUCUUCUAUUGGGUGGCGGUACCCCAGGAGGAGGAGCCUGCUAUGCUUCCUGCUGUUUAUAGUCCUCGCCUCCUCCACUGCAGGACUUUUGGUUGGCACGUGGAAGUCCGCCGAGCACUCUAAAGGAAUUUACGUCUCGUGGGUGCUCCUGAUCCUGUUCACUCUCCUUGCAAUGGCCAGAACUAUCUACUGGAAGUGUCUGAAAAUCAGCGACCCCAUAUCCAACAUCACAUAGAGAGGGAAGGAGGGUUAGGGAGAGGAAGGUGAGAGGGCUGGUGUGUGAACAGAAGGAAAUUUAAGAUGAGGGGGAACCGUAGAUCUAAACCAGAAGUUGAAAAAUGAGUGAUCAACAUGUUAAAAAUACCAGAUUGCAGCCAAAUUGUGUUGAGAAUAUACAUGAAAACGUGACGACACAGAGACAUCAUUUAAUUCCAUUUCUACUUUUUAGCAUCACAAAUUGUGGGUGUUUGUUGCACUAUAGAAAAGAAGUUGAAUGAUAAGAUGAGCGGUUCUGCUUUGCAGGAUUAAUCUAAUGUUUCAGAAUCUGACUCUAUUUUCUGAUUGAAUUAGUUAAAUAGCUGCCUAUUGUAAUUUUUGUGAAAUCCAUAAAUUUAAAUCAGUAAACAAAUAAGGACACUUACAGAGCACAAUCCUUCACCAAGGCAUGAUGAUCAGUGUACAGUAAAUGGAAAAAAACGGAUGCAUUAUUUUAAAUUAUUUCUGAAAAUAUGUGUCAUUCUCGGGUAAAUGAAACCCCCACCAACAGAACUGGUUAAAAAAUAAUUCUGUUUGCCCAAAACACUUGUGGACAUCCGCCAAAAGAUCCUCUGUGCAGAAAAAAAAAACGAGUAGGUGUUUUAGUUAUGUGUAGUUGGGUCAUUUCAGAAUAAGAGCAAGAAUAGUAAUAAUCAAACUGAACAGAUCAGGGAGAAUAAGUUAUUUUGUUCAGUCAAACCUUUGAAUGACCUUUUGUUGUGAGCCACCACAGGAUCAAACAUUCUCACAUUUGCUAUCAAAUGGAUCCAAAAUAGAGCAAAAGCAGAACUGCCUUUAAAGGACUAGGUUGAUAUUUUAAUUGUGCUCAUGCACUUUAUUGCUGAAAAUUGGGCGAGAUGAUUGAUACCGCUCAUGCCUGUGUGGUAAAUAAGAAUUUACAAUUAACAUAGCUUAAUUUAGCUUAGCAUAACUUUGCAUAAAUGUGAAUGAAAUGGUGAAAAAUAUAAAUUAUUUUUUUUUUGUGUUGUGCUUCUGUAGAGCAUUAAAUGCAGGUUUUACAUUGUUUAUUGUUAGCUUUGGAUAUUCUGUUUCUAAUUUUUAUGCCAAGCUAGAGCUAGCCAAGCUAUAGUUAUAUAUUUAAAACACUGACAUGAGAGUGGUAUCGGUCUGGCAAACCAUUCUCUACUAGGGGAAAAACUAUGGAUUCUCUAACUGGUUGGCAAGUGGUUGUUGGAGGUUGCUUGCUGUUGCUAGAUGUAAUUGGUUGCAAAGAGUUGUAUAGUGCUGCACCAAAAAUCCCCUUGUGGCUGUUUUGUCUGCUAGCAGAUUGCCUCACUCUCUUGUAGUUUUCAUAAAAGAUACAACCUCUCUGCAAACAGUUGCCAAACUGUGAAGAGUGUGAAUCACACCCGAAGCAGAGACUGUUCAAUGUGAAAGUUAUGCCUUUUGAAACAUGUUGGUUUCAGUGGUAAGGCACAACUUUUACUUUGAAGUUGAACAAUCUGUGUCCGGUCUGCGUCAAGUUUCACUACCACUAGGGAAAUGUUUUUAGAAGUUGGCGUCUUCCACAUAUACAACAAGGCACUACAGCAAUCUGUUAGCAAUCAAAGCAGUCACAAGGAGAUUUUUGGUGCCACACCCUCUUUGCAACCAGUUUCACCCAGCAACCUACAGGACAGGUGGUUACCAGGGCAAUCACAGACAGGUCUGUAGGCCUGUGGGAAGCCAAAGCAAAUUGAUGAAGAUGAAGAAUACUGCACAAUGAAUGAAAGUCUCAAAGCAGUCAGUAUUUAUAAUGUUUGAAUGUUUUUUAAUGGAUGCAGGGCCCAAAUAUGAGAAAUAAAGUAGUUAAAGGACCUCGAUUACCACACGAAGGCAGAUGGAAUACAAAGGAAACACAUGCAUUUCAUUUUGAAGGGAUUAAACUAUUCAAUGUGUUUACUGAGGGACAGAUUAUUAACUUCUAAGUGUUUUAUUUCCACAGAGAGAAGUGUGUAAAAAGUGCUUUUUAUGCAUACAAAUGAAAUAAUAUAACAAGCAAACCAGUGGAAACUGGUGGAUAAUAUAAAGAGGGAAGUUUAGUUUUAGCUAAUAGAGGGUUUAGUUGGGGAAAUCUUUAAGUAUCAACUGAAAUUAAAUGGCAUUUUUUUGUUUUGUUUUGUUGUCAUGUUGUAUAGUAGCACGUCAGUAAUCUUAUCAGAUCAUCUUACACAGGGUGUUUGGGGCAUUUUAUUAGAUUUUCUUCUGUUUUAUUGCCAGCUUUAUUUUCUAAUGAUUCAUCUCAGAAGAACUCAAAGUUUUUGGUUGAUGAAAUGAUGGCAUGUUUGCAUUUAGUGAAAAUAUCAAAGUGAAAAGGUUCAAAAGUGAACUGUUCAUAUCCUGCUGAAUCAUCUUUGAGUCACAGAUUUCAUUUCAUUUCAUUUGAUGCAAACACGGAAGGUAUUUUAUUUAUUUAACUGUCGAAUUUGAAUCAAACUAACUUCUCUGAUACACUAGUAGAACCUGUUAGAGUGUCAGUUCUUUGGAAGUGUAAAUAUGUUCAGUGGAUGUUGAUUAUUUUAGAUUGUACAGAAUUAUCAGAGCUGUCUCUUCCCCCUUGUGGCUGAUUAAUGUAACUACCUGCUGACUGUGAAACAUGUUGCACUACAUUGUACAGAUGGACUCCUGUAUGUUUUUGUCAAUGUUAUCCUGGUGGAGUUUUCUUUUUUGGUAUAAUGCAAAACAAAGUGAUACUUUAACAUCGUC